AUGACAGAUGACUAUGAUGAUAUUCUCAACUCACUUGAUGAUAACUACUAUUCUCUAGAUGGGGAUGAUCUAUCUCCUACUUUGCAAGCCUGGUCCAACUCUAGCGACCUCGAAGAAUUUGAUCUCGACAGCCUUAACCUCUCUCCCUCUGAUUCAUCAUGGACUGACGUUGACCCUUUAGAGUCAGCCAUUACGGCAACUCGAAAUGGCUCUGCUCCAAUACUCAGCACUCUUUCUCAAUUCACCGCGAUCCUGUCUCAGACUGGUAUCCAUGGCCCUCGUCUCAUCAGGCCUGCCAAUCUCUCCACCCGAGCCACUAAGAUCGGCUCUGGUACCCAAUUCACCGUAUUCAAGGACCCUAUCUUCGAAAGAGAGGUUGUCAAACGUGUUAAUGUCCCACUUUCAAAUACGGACCAGCGCUUUUCAGCGAGCAUAGACUAUCGCCUACAGUUAAGAACAGUAGUACUAGAGGUACUGUCGCUUUGCAACCCUGUCAUCCGUGCGCAUCCAAACAUCACCAGUCUCGUGGCAUGGGGGUUCGAUUUUCCAUUUGCAAACAUGCCCGUGCCCGUGCUGUUUAUGGAAGAGGCAAUGACGACUUUGGGGGAAUUUCUAGCCUCUGAGAAGAGGGGGGUGGGGGUGAUGUAUCAGCUUGCGCUAGGUGUAGCGAAUGGGCUAGAAGGGCUGCAUAACCUCAACAUCGUGCAUGGAGAUGUUAAGCCAGAUAAUGUGCUUGUGUUUGUCGGUCCGACUAAGGAUAUGCCCUUUCAAGCUAAAUUGAGUGAUUUUGGAGUUUGUGUUGAUUUGGAGACGCCCGAGGGGAAGUUUUCGCUGAGUGAUUACCGAGGAACGCCGGCUUGGUUGGCGCCUGAGGUGGUGAAUGGGGAUGUCUCGAGGUUUGGAGGGUUCUCACCGGAAUUGAUGUUUAAGUUUGAUUCGUACAGCUUCGGGCUGGUGUUGGUGUCUAUCUUUACCGGUGGUGAAAUUCCGGUUCUGAACACAAAACCUGACAGGGUGAAAGAUCAGAUAUCCAAGUGGCUCAACCCGAAAGUUAUACCCUCUGAUACUAUGCGCAACGAGCUAUGCAAGGCGACUUUAAAACUCCUAUCCGAGGAUCCUAGAGACCGACCACUUCCAAAUGCAACCUUGCUUAAAAUUGACACCCCGGAAUACAAUUUCUGGUUUUCCUCAAUUCAAUCCAACUCUGCAACCACUCAUGUAGGAGCCAUUGAUCCAAUAUACAACAAAGGCCCACUCUUCUGGUACCGGCUCGAUGAAAGUAUCAGAAAAGAGCUUGAGGCGCAACACACGCUUAGUAAAGGAGGAAAUGCGCCACCAUUUGCGGGAGAUGUGCUUUUUGGCAUAGCGCAGACAAUUACCGGCGAAAAACCGACGUAUCUCGAUCGCAUGCUAACGUAUUUGGGUGAUGCGGCGAGGGCGGGACACUCCCCGGCUAGGGCUGUAUAUGCGCAAAUUAUGGAGGCGCAUGGUCAAACGCCAGAAUUUAGUAAAGAAGUGCUUGAAGAGUGGAUGUUACAGGCUGUCGCUGAGGGAUACCUCUUUGCGAAACCUGGUCAACUGGGGAAGAAAGUGGAAGAGGCGAAGGAACGGUUUAGAAGUCAUGGAGGGUUCUGUCCAGACCCAUUCCUGGGGAAAAGUAAUGUUAAGGCGGCAAUGAACAGGGAAAAGGCACUGGAGUGGAAGAAGAAAAACGGCAACCUUGUCGACCGUAAACGGAAUACGAUAUUGCAUGCUACUGCUGCUUUCGGGGCUGUUGAUGCAUUGCAGGGUCUUAUGGAUGAUGCAAAGAUAGCAGUGGACGUGGAGAAUGACAACGCCGAGACGCCGCUAUAUAAGGCGUUUCAGGCGGGACAUACGCAAGUGAUCAAAGCCCUGCUUGACCAUGGUGCGAGUGCGUCCUGCAGAACUCGGCAGAAGAUCACUCCUCUGCAUUGGUUGUUUAUGAUCCCCGAGGGUUCAAUUCGUGAAAUCGCGAAACAGAUGAUUGAAAAAGGAGCAGAUGUCAAUGCACUGGUGGAGCCUGUCAAGGAAAACACCAGUGGAUUCGCAGAAAAGAUCCAGAUCCUUCAUUAUCCGUUUGAACUUCCACACGGAUCGCCUCUUCACUGGGCAUGCUUCUUCCGCAACAUGACAGCCAUCGAGACUCUCAUUUCUCUCGGAGCCAAUGUCAACGCAAUCUAUCAUGGCUUAGACGCAUCAACCACUCCGCUUGCGUUGGCAGCGUUCUUUGGUGAGCCUACCAUAGCCAGAUAUCUGACAUCUCAUGGUGCGGACGGCACUUUGCUCGACUCGAGGGGACGAAAUAACUUGCACGGAAUGACCGAGUACUUCCCUGACCGACAUGGCUAUUUGCGCUAUCACUGGCAUUACUGGAUCCGCCAUGGGACUUGGGAGCAUCAUUUGGAGCAGACCGCUGACUUGGUCAAGAUUUUGGUCAAGGCUGGUGCAGACAUCAACGCCAAGAAUAGGAAUAGACCUGCCCUGACUCCCAUUGCAGCGGCGGCCGAUCGAGGUUGCUGGGAUGGGGGUACUAUAUGUGCAUUGUUGGACGCUGGAGCUGAUUUGGAGGAAUCCAUCCUGACUGCGGGAGAUGCAGUUCUGCAUUCAUGGGUCUCUAUCGUUGGACCACGUCUGGAUUAUACCGAUUCAUAUCUACCGACAUUGAAAAAGAUAGUCAAGGCUAUGCCGAACCUUGACGUCCGUAACUGGUCGAAGGCUACUCCACUCCAUGAUUUAACAACCAUUUAUCACCCGGAGGACGAAUUCGAGGCUGCAUGCGAGAUUUUCCUCGCCCAUUCUCCUCCAGCAGACAUCAACGCAAAGACCGGUCAGGGCGAGUCCCCACUAGCGAUAGCUCUGGAUACAGACCUCGACCCCGCACGACGCUGCCGCUUCUUGCUCAAGAAAGGCGCCGAUCCCCUCGUUCUCAACAGCCGAGAGCGAGACAUCUUCUAUAUAAUUGCCAAUAAUAAGGUUCUCAAUGACCAAGACAGUCACGACCUCAUCCGGGAUAUUCUCCUCCAUCUUAGCCCUGACAUUCAAAAGGCCUACACAAACCACUAUCUCCAUAAUCCCAACAGCAACGAACCCCUCUUCGCCGCCGCAGAAAAGGGAAAACCGCUAACACUAAAGCUCCUCCUCUCUCUUGGUCUGACUUGCCACAUCAAUAAGCCCAUCAAAACGAAGUUCUCAACAUGCACACCUCUAGAUCGAGCCCUCCACUCCGCUGAGCUCGGCCGGCGCGCAUACAUACAGGGACUGGCAUCUUACAAACUUGGUGCGGCACGCACCAAAGCACUGGAGCAGAACCUCGUCUACGAUGUGACCCAGGGUCCACCAGCACGUGCGGCUGAAUCGUACAGGUCAUUUCCAGAAGUCAUCCGGAUCCUUCGAGAUGCGGGGGCUAAACGGACAUGUGAACUGGAAGGUAGUACAAAUGGAGAUUAUAUUGAGCAACCGAAGGGGUGGGAUCAAUUGGAUAUUCAAAAGUAUGGAUUCACAGUGGAGACACAGCCAAAUUUUGAGGCUUGGAAGGGAUUGUAUGAAUUGGCUAGCUAUCAAAGUGGGUGGAGUAGUUGGCUGGAGAAGUUGACAGGGAAGUGA